AUUCACUGACAGCUCUGCGGCCGGAGCAGCUGUGCUGCUAGGGCUCUGCGCGAGGGGGUGGGAUGCUACGCUGUGAUUGGUCGCUGAUCGCCGCAAGGAGGACUCUGAUUGGCUGCUGAGCCGCUGGGCAGACUCAUGUUGGCCAAAGGGAUCAAACGUAAGUUCUCAGAGGUAGAGGGGGAGAUGGGAACUGGUCCUAAAGUAGAGAUGGCAGCUCGAUGCCAGAGCUCGCUGCCCGCAGUGCAGUCCCACUGCUUGAUGAACAUAUCUCUACUGAAGCUUCACCGCAGCCUGCACCACGUGGAGCCUAACCUCAGACAUCUCGUGCUGGUGGCCAACACCGUGCGACGUCUUCAGGAUAAUAUGCAAACGGAAUCAAGUGCCACAGGAGUGUGGAAAUCCGCGGAGGACAACUCCAGAAAAGACUACUCCCAAACAUUUAUUAAUGAGAGCAAGAAACCAGCUCUAGAGAUCCCAGGAGAAGAUGCCCUGUUCUCCACUAUGGAUGCAUCUUUAUACUCCUCCAUUUCCACCAUUCUUGAAGAUUUAAACAAUUUUGAGGGAUUGAGCUGCUCUCCAAUUCCCCAGGCAGAUGAUGAUCAGUUCUGCUCCCCAAAAGACUUCAGCCGAGAUGGAAGCCGAGAAGAAUCUGGUAAGCUUACGCCCACAUCCAACUUCCUAAGUUCUUCAACCUAUCUCCUUGGUGACAACCUGGAGGACAUAUUUGAAGACAUUGACACUUCCAUGUAUGACAGUGACCCUUGGGCGAGCAGUAACCUUUUAAACUUCAAGACUUUUUCUAGUGUGAGCGAGACAGAAGAGAAGACAUUGUCUGACGGACAGGACUCUAUGCUGGAACUUAGCGACUUGGACUAUCUGAUGGAUGUUCUAGUGGGAACCCAAAAUUGCUGAUAAUCCCAGUAGGACUUUAAUGGACAUAAUGAUUUAUCUUGUAACAAGACACUAUUGUAAAUAACAAAAGGACUUAAUUUAUAUUUAUUUUGAGCAGAUGAACUUAAAUGUGUUUUCCAGGAGUACAAUACUGAUGAUCCAUCCUCAGAGUAGGUCUUCAAUAUCUGAUUAGUGGAGGGAUGGCUCCCAGAACCCCCAACGAUCAGCCUAAGUCACUAGGCCUAUG